AUGUAUCGGAAACUAGGAAAACUAGCGGCUAAGAAUGGCGCGCGGUGUGUCCGGCGUUUUAAAUCAUGCAAUGCCUGUGGGGUUCACCUUCAAAGUGCGGAUAGAUCUAAAAUUGGAUUUUACAUAGCACCCAAGACUUCACAGCGUCCCCAGGAACAUGCGCAGCUGCAGGACCUGAAAGAGCUUAAAUACCUACUUUUCAGCCAAGAUCUCCGAACACUGCAAGAUGAAAAUAUUCUGCAGCAUGGCGGCAAUAUUGCUGAUCGAGAUAGAAAUGCAACUGGUGCCCAUUCAUUACCGAGGGAUACUAGACAAAUUGUUUGCAAACGUUGUAGUGAUGCCUUGCACCAAAAUAGAUACGAGCCCCACGAGUUCCGUGCUUUUUCAGCUGCAGAAGUUCAUGACUUCGUGCCACAAAAUGCCAACGUUUUCCACGUAGUUUCGCUUUCGCAAUUUCCUUUGCAUUUCAAUGGAGCUCUGUUCACAGACCCAAACUACAGCUCAGCUUUAUUGCUGUCUAAAGGCGAUCUUUUGACACCGGAUAAGGCUUUCCUUCAGCGGAAGGCCCCUCGAUUUUUUGCCGAUUUUUUGAAAGCAAAACUGGGAUUACCAUCGAGCCCCAAAGUAGUUGCCUUUUCUGCCACACGAAGUUGGAAUAUUCAAAGCGUGUUUUCGGUAUUGCGCGGUGACUCCUACCUGUUAGGAAGUCCAAACUCUGGUAAAUCGACGCUUGUUAAUUCGCUCUUGAAAAAAUACGGCGGCGCUAAGGUUGAUUCCGAUGAACGUGGCAUUGACCCCGCAACAUGCCAAUAUCAUUCGUUGCGUGAACAAGGUGCUGGCGUUUCUCACAUCCCCAACAUGACCAGAAACUUACAGUCGUAUAAUAUCGGCAACAAAACUAUCAAUGACUUGCCAGGCUUCUCUGAGAACGUUGACGAGGAGAGACUCGACGAAAUGGUAAAUGCCAAAGUGCUUGAGAGAAUCCGUAAAACCCACCUUUUUUCAAAGAGCAAGUUGGUUAAUCAAAGCUACGCUUCAGUAAAAGGUACUGAUAAUGGGCAUUGCUAUACAGUUAGCGGGCUAUUCUAUCUCGUGCCCCCGCCUAAUACGAUUAACCAGGUAGUGAAUUUCAUACCAGGGAAUGAAAAGCAGUAUCGAGACAUCGACAAGGCUCUGUUGGUUGCGACGCAGGAGCUGAGCACCUCCUCUUCUGGCACCCUUAAGCAAUAUGUGGGAGUCAAAGAAUCGCUGUGUCGGAAAGAAAACUUCACUCGACAUGUAAUACCACCUUUCCAAGGGACUGUCGAGAUAGUAUUGAAAGAUAUUGGAUUUUUGCAACUGAAAGCUACAGGAAGGUACCAAUUUUCAGGCCUCUAUGAGAUUUGGGUCCCUAAAAACGUUCAAGUGUGCGUUCGGGAACCAUUGGCUCGAUUAAUUGAAACAUGCUACGACAAUCACCUCAAAUCUCAGGGCAGCAUUCCUUCUUUUCAAGACAAACGUCCUGUGAUUAGCUUGACGUAUCCGAUGGAACCAGAUGAAAAGGACGUCUUUUCUAAGAUGCGUGAAAUGUUUUUACAACGCACGCAAAACGAAAUUUUAAGUAGACAGCGGAUUAGUGAGGAUCCAAAGAAGGUAGUCGCUCAAUUACACCGCGAAGCACCUAACUUGUAUUGGUUUUACAAAUGGUAG